UUCAGCAUUCCUCCACUCUCCUUUGUACACAGCCGGUGAAUAGCCUCUAGAUCGGGCUUUGUUGGAAUGAUUGUCAGUGGCUUAAUGAGCGUCUUUGCCAAGCUAGAGGCUUUGGCAACAUAUGUGACUACAGUGCCUCUGUUCCUCUGCCGUCUCAAGCCUGUGUACGCCACAACACAGAGCGUGCACAGAUCUGUCCACUUUUCUGCUGAUCUGACCAAACUCGGGCUUUCAUUUCUCCCGUGGAUUUUAUUACCUGGAAUGGAAUAGUUCCUCCUCUCAUGGGCACCAGAGCUGAGAAUGAAGAACAUUCUUGUACCGCAUCUUUAGUGCGCCAGAGAAAUGAACUGAGACUGGGGAGGGACCACUCGUUUCCUGAGGAAUUCCAAGAUUUACUGUGAAACCAUGAGGUUGCAGAGUAGCCUAGGAUGUGUCCCUGUCCUGUGCUUGAUCACCUGUCUUUGUGCCUUCUACAAGACUGCAGCCAUUGACAUUCCACUGGAAGUUUUAGGUCAUGUAAACAUUGAGCAGCUGCCCACCAUCACAGCCCAGUCGCCGAGCUCUCUCAUCGCCUUCCCUUUUGACGAGAGCUUCCCCAUGACGUGUGAAGCCAAAGGGAAUCCCGAGCCAGAAUUCAAAUGGACGAAGAAUGGCCAGGAAUUCGACCCCUCGCUAGACCCCCGGCUGAUGAAAGAGGAGAAUUCUGGGACCUUUGUGAUACCCAAUAAUGGAAACCUUACAGAGUACCAGGGAACCUAUCGCUGUUACGCCUCAAACAAACUGGGGACGGCCAUAUCGAAGGAGAUUGAGUUCAUUGUGCCCCAUGUUCCAAAGUUUCCUAAAGAGACUCUAGAUCCUGUAGAGGUGGAGGAAGGCCAGCCCUUUGCUUUAAAAUGUGACCCACCUAAAGGGAUACCUCCCCUGCAGAUCUACUGGAUGACUAUCAGUCUUCAGCAUAUCGAGCAGGACGAGAGGGUGUCGAUGGGCUUAAACGGGGACCUUUACUUCUCUCACGCGGUGGAGAAGGACAGCAGAAGAGACUACUGCUGCUUCGCCGCAUUCCCAACAAUAAGAACAAUCGUUCAGAAGAACGCCAUGUCUGUCAUCGUUAAGACAAAAAAAAGUGUCAUUAGUCCUGAAACUGCUAAUGCCAUCCCUCAGAGGAGACCUUCUCUUAUGUUGCCCUCUGGUGGUGGUAGAUCAGAGGUACAGCUCGUCAAAGGCGAGGACUUGAAACUGGAGUGCAUUGCUGAGGGAGUUCCGACUCCACAGGUUGAGUGGGUGAAGAUGGGUUAUCAACUCCCCAUCAAAGCAAAACUGGAGAAUCAUGGGAAAUUGCUUCUUGUCCAACACGUUGAACUGGAAGACAGCGGGAAGUACAUGUGCAAGGCAAAGAACACACAUGGGGAAGCUGUUCAUUACUUCACAGUGACAGUGGAGGGGCCUCCAGAGUGGGUGUCUGAGCCUGAGAGUCAGCUCCGAAUGAUUGGCUCAGAUGUGCUCAUCAAGUGCUCGGCCAGUGGGACUCCUCUGCCGACUGUAAUAUGGAGGGUGAACGGUGUACCUCUCCAGGAUGUUCCUGCUGCCAACAGGAAGGUGUUAGACGACACCAUAGUUUUACAUAACGCCAAAGCGUCUGACAGUGCAGUCUAUCAGUGUGAGGUGUCCAAUAGACAUGGAACCCUUCUGUCAAAUGCAAACAUCAUGAUUAUGAAUGUGCGCCCAGUGAUUUUGACGAAGGAAGGGGAGGAUUACUCUGCUGUGGAGGGGCAGGGAGCGAUGAUGCACUGCAAGGUCUUCAGCUCUCCUCCCUCUUCUAUCACUUGGAGUAAAGAUGAGUCCUCUGAGUCAUUGGAGGGACCAAGGUUUGCUGUUCAUGACAAUGGGUCCCUGGAGAUCCUCAGUGUGGAGAAAGAAGACAAUGGGCAAUACACAUGUGUCGCCAAAAACACAGAGGGGUUGUCGGCCAUAGAAGCCAUGCUUUAUGUGAAAGAUCCCACGAGAAUAGUCGUGCCCCCAGUGGACCUGCGGAUCUUAAUAGGAACCACGGCCCAGCUCUCAUGCCUGGCAGAGUACGACAAGUCCUUCAGCAACGACUUUGAGCUCCUGUGGGAAAAAGAUGAUAUGGAGAUAGCCCUCAACUACACCGAGAGCUCAAGAUACUUUGUGGAGGAUGGUAUUCUCCAGAUUAUCAAUGUAAGCCACAUGGACAAGGGCGUGUACACAUGUGUGGCAAGAACUCCUGUGGACCGGCAGACAGCCUCAGCGCUCCUCACUGUUUUAGAUGUCCCCGAUGCACCUGAGUACUUGGUACUAUCUGAACACAAGAGCAAAAGUGUGAAACUGAAAUGGAUCCCUGGAGACGAUCACAACAGCUCAACAACAGAAUUUAUUAUCGAGUACGAAGAAAGCCAGUGGGAGCCAGGUAACUGGAAGGAGCUGCUCCGAGUACCCGGGAACCACAACUUGGCCAUCCUCAAACUUCACGGCCAUGUCGACUACCGCUUCCGUGUGUCUGGUGUUAAUGCUGUGGGGAGGGGUCUUCCAAGCAAGCUCACAGAGAGAUACAAAACCCCCGCAGCAGCUCCCGACAAGAACCCUGAAAAUAUCAAAAUCGAAGGUCAUUUACCACAUGAAUUGAAUAUCAACUGGGAGCCCUUGUUACCCAUUGAGCACAAUGGCCCUGGUCUGGAGUAUAAAGUGAGUUACAGGAGACAGGAUGUGGAGGAGGACUGGAAGGAACACAUGGUGAAGAGACACUCUUCUGUGGUGGAGAACACUCCAACCUUUGUGCCUUAUGAGAUCAAGAUCCAAGCAAGGAACCAUCAGGGCUGGGGCCCUGAACCCAAGAUAGUGACUGGCUACUCAGGAGAGGACUUUCCAUCUGCGGCACCUGAAGAUGUAGCUGUGGAGGUGAUGAACAGCUCUGUGGUCAAGGUUAGCUGGACGCGCGUACACAAGGACAAGUUGCAUGGACAUCUGGGAGGCUACAGGAUAAACUGGUGGCGUCUGCGCAGUCUGGUGGAGUCAAAGAAAAGCCAUGGAGAAAAACAAACACUGACAGUCCCCGGGGACCGCAACCAUGCUGCGGUGCCGGGACUGAUGCCCUUCUCUGAGUACAGCCUCAUCGUCAUGACCUUCAAUGGGCGGGGCAACGGCCCGGGCAGCCAUCCCGUCAACUUCAAAACCCCAGAGGGAGUCCCCGAGAAAAAUCCUGUUUUCAGGGUCACGGAUGUACAAAAGCACAGUGUCUCUCUGGACUGGGCGCCGCCAUUGGAGCCUAAUGGAAUUCUCACCGGGUACCUCCUUGAGUAUCAGCUCAUCAAUGAAACAGAGGAAGUGGGGCCACUGCAGACGGUAGACAUCAGCAAACCGGACACCACCAAGUGGACUCUGCGCGACCUGGAGUCUGUGAGCAAGUACAAGUUUUACCUCCGCUCAUGCACCACGGUGGGCUGCGGGCCUGUCGUCAGCGAGGAGUGCACUACCACGCUGGAGACGACUUCCACUUUGGCUUCCACUGUUGGCCUCAGCAAGUCAGCUUCCCCCUCACCUCCAAGCACUCCAAAGUCCCCAGUGACCAAAUCCACUCGUUCCACCAUAGGUCUGGCCAGCAUACACGGAGGAAUCUCCACCCAGGGCUGGUUUAUUGGCCUGAUGUGUGCCAUUGCUUUCCUCACACUCAUUGUUUUGAUCGCCUGCUUUGUGAACAGAAAUAAAGGAGGAAAAUACUCUGUAAAAGAAAAAGAAGACCUUCACCCAGAUGUGGAGUCCCAGGGCAUGAAUGAUGACACAUUUUGUGAAUACAGUGACAACGACGAGAAGCCACUGAAGGGCAGCCAACACUCGCUGAGCAGGGAGAUCAAAGCAGGGGACAGCGGGGACAGCCUCGUGGACUACGGCGACGAGGAUGUUCAGUUCAACGAGGACGGCUCCUUUAUCGGCGAGUACGCGGGGCGAAAGGAGAAGAGAGCAUCCACUGAGAUCAAAGCCACCGUUCAGACCCCGGCAUGAGGAGUGGAACAACCAUCCAUCGUUCCCCCCCCCCCCCGCCCCCCGACACCGUUUUUCAUUAAACCUGCUGGGAGGAACAAAUAAAAAAGGAAAAAUGACAAUAUCCAUACCAAGCACAGGGUUUCGUGUCAAAUGUAAUGCGUCAUUGUCAACUGCAUACUGCCACCCAUAUUUUAUAUAGCUCUGUGUUGUCAAGUUGCAACAGAAUGACCAUUACUAAAUACUGUGUAUAUAUAGUGUAUAUUGUACGUCAAGGUGUCUUUUUUUAAUAAUUAUUAUUACAAGUUUGGAGGGCUUGGAUUUCCUUUUUUUUAAUGUCCAUGACUUCAGCUGCAGUACACUUUGUACAAAUGUUUCACUGUCAAUGCACAUCAUUAAAUGCAGCUUUCCCUCCGAUGUUAUCUUGUAGCAGACCACCAGUGUUGGGCGAGUUACUCAGGAAGUGCAAUAGGUCGCUUUUGACUUAUUCCUCCAUCAGAAAGGAAAACGAUCACCUAUUCAUCACCUUUUAUUUAAUACUGCUAUAAAAUGGCCGACCUAGUAUAAAAAAAAAAAAAUCCCAUUUUGGCAAAGCAGCAACAGUCAAACGUGGAUUAAACUGUAAUAUUAUAAAGUUUUUAAAAUGUUAAUCCCUCACACGACUCCUUACUGGGGAGAUGAAUAAUAUUACACCCAGUAAUGUGUUACUGCCCAACACUUGGAAGCACAGAUAAGGUGGGAUAUCAAGUUGAUAUUUUUCAUUUGAAGGAUAUAUUACUGACCUUUUAUAUUUGAAAUAAAUGUAUUAAAGAUGAUGUCAGAUGUGUAAAAGUUGCUUAUUAACUUAUUUUUCCCGGUUGUUUUAUACCUGACUCGAUAACAAGGAUAUUGACAUAUCGUUACAUAUCAUAAAUAGUGAUGCUUGAGUCAUGAAGUCUCUGUAAUGUAAAAAGAAAAGUAUAAUUUAGUUAUUUUGUCUUGUUUAGCAAAUAGAUCUAGUGGAAAGUAUGAAUUAAAAAACAAACUAUUUCAUGCUUUUUACGGCCCACCACACAUCACUGCUAAAGCCAACCUGGGAGAGAGUUCAAAAACUGUAAUCCAUUAUCCCAUUUUGAUUAGACAUUUUGAAAAGGAUUUAUUCAUAACUCUUUUUAAGAAUUUGUAUAAAACCACACGUGCUUUAACAGUUGGGUCCAAAUCAAAGAAACUCAGAACACUUGCCAGUAGACCGCAGUUCAAACGAAGUUCUCCGAUAACAAACAAGUGAACAGAAUAGUUUGACAUUUUGGUAAACAUGUAAUAUAACUUUUUCAGAGAGUGAAAUAGGAAGAUUGAUAUCACUGUCAUGAUUCUAUGUUUUUUUUUUAUAAAGGCACAACAACAUAAUUAGGGAUGAAGCAUGGAAAUGCCCAAACACUAAAGUGGAAUUUUGUAACAGAAUCCUUGCCACACAGCAUCUCUAAAAGUCAAUGUUCAUCAUCUCAGAGCAUUAAGUCUUUAUUUUUAUUUUAAGUACAAAUUCAUGGAAAAUAAAAUGCCAGUUAGAAAAUGGGGAGCUGUGUUUUAACAAUUAGUUUUUUUUCUACGGAAACAAACAAAGAAGGAAUACUUUGUUCAUAUAUGAGCCACAGAGAUCUUUUCAGUGACUCCGAACAGAUUAUGACUAGCCGUCUCCGCUACUGUCUGCUUAUCUUUAGGGCAACAACAUGAGAGUGGCAUUGACCUUGGACACAUGGACACAUUUCCCAUAACACCAAACUAUUCCCUAUAAAUCAUCUUCAUUGUAUCGUAAAGAGGCCUGUAUGGUAAAUGCCAAAGUCUUCAAAAAGUUCAACUCCCUGCCCCAAGUUUAUAACUUGUCAUCUCAAAAACCAAGGUGACAUCAGUAUGCCUUCAAUACUUUGCAAAGGUUCAACAGAAUCACAGACUAUUGUACAACUGUUUGAUCUGCAGUCAACAAACUGAUUUUCAUAUUUAGGUUGGUUGAACGCUGCUAAGAAGAAAGUGCAUUAAACUUGUAUUGUUUUUCUUUUUGCAAUCAGAUCAAUGUAAUGUGGUUGCAUGAUAUUUGACUUUUUUUUUUUACUAUGCUGAGAUACAAUAUACUGUAGUCACUGUUUCAUCAGUCUUAGCCUUACUUUGUGAGUUUCGAUAUACUGCCGUUCAACACACAGUCACUAUGUUGUGCAGCAUUAAUUUUAGGGUCAUAUUCACAACAGCAAUGUUUUGUACAAGUUCAGCCAUUGCAUGUUAAGAAUGUUAAUUGAUGUUUUUCAAUGUUAUUAAAUUGCUUUACUUUCGUACAUCCUGCCUGUUUGGUCCCAGCCGUCACAAGUAGAAGAUCAUUGAUUGUAUGUUCUUUAUACCUACAGCACCUUGAAUUGAUGCCUUUACCUCCAGUCAGCAGUUACAUUAUGACUCGAGGGGAAAGCAGUACCUGGUGAAACAUCCUCAUUCCCUCUGAAUAAAAAAGAUGUUCGACAAA